AUGGUUGCUAUCAAGGUUGCUGCUGCUGGCCUCCUCAUCGGAGCUGCCACCGCUUCUCCCUACUACGCCCCUCCCUCCAACGGCACCACUCACUACACCACUGAGGUUGUCACCGCCAUCACAACCUACUGCCCUGGUGCUACCACUCUCACCUACGGUGACAAGACCUACACCGUCACCUCUGAGACCACCUUGACCAUCACCGACUGCCCUUGCACAGUCAGCUACCCCGUCAAGCCCACCAAGCCCGUUGUCCCUCACCCCGUCUACACCACUGAGGUCAUCACCGCCGUGACUACCUACUGCCCUGAGCCCACCACUCUGACCUACGGCAACAAGACCGUCACUGUCACCGCUCCCGGCACCGUCACCGUCACCGACUGCCACUUCACCACCACCCACCCUGCUUCCGAGCACCCUUACCCUCAGCCCACCCCCGGCAAGCCCGGUAAGCCCGGCUACACUGCUCCCGCUGUCCCCGGCAAGCCUACCACCGCUGCUCCCGUCCCCGUCCCUACUGGCACCGCUACCUACCCCGUCCCCGAGGGUACCAACCCUGCCGUCGUCACCGCUGCUGCCGGCCGCAUUGCCCCCGCCGGCCUUCUCGCCGUCCUCGGUGCCAUUGCUCUCUUCUAA